AUGAUUUUGUAUAAAAGUGCAUGCUGCGCCUCAACCAGCAGUGUAGUUCGCAUUCGUCCAUCGGCAGAGCAUCGUCUGCAAAGUGCCCAAAAUCUCAAAGAAGCAGCUGGUGCCCACGAAAACGUUCGGUUAAUUUGCAUUCGAAGCUUCACACCGAGCUCAUCCUCCGGAGAAGCAGCAGUCAUGCGUGUGCAGCUUUUCGGUGUCAUCGCCGUGGCCGUCGUGGCCGUUUCGCUGGUGCACGAUGUCGGAGCGGAGCCACCAGUGAACAACGCCUACUUGCCGCCCAGUUCGCCCCAGCGUCCCUCCUCCAAGUAUGGUGCUCCGCCCGCCAGCUCUUACCUGCCACCCGCCUCCGGACCGUCGCCAUCGUUCAACACCGCUCCGUCUAGCAGCUAUGCGGCUCCACCCCAAAGUGCUUCAUCGGGUGGCCCAUAUCCGGCUCCGGCUGCACGCCCCUCCAGUUCCUAUGGACCACCAGCCUCCCGUCCCUCGUCCAGCUAUGGACCACCGCAGGGUCGGCCUAGCCAGUCGUACGGACCACCGCCACAGGCCAAGAAGCCCCAUCAUCGUCGCCCAUCCUCCAGCUAUGGAGCCCCGAGACCCGCUCCGCCUUCGCAGAGCUAUGGUGCCCCGCCCUCUUCUAGCUAUGGGCCCCCGAAGUCCGCGCCCCCUUCCCAGAGUUAUGGUGCACCAGCUCCACCCUCCAGCAAGUACGGCCCGCCCAAGUCCGCACCUUCUUCCAGCUAUGGAGCCCCGAGGCCCGCUGCCCCUUCAUCCUCAUACGGCGCCCCCGCCCCACCAUCUUCGUCUUAUGGAGCACCUGCCGCACCAUCAUCGUCCUAUGGAGCUCCCGCUCCACCGUCCAAAUCUUACGGAGCACCUGCUCCUCCAUCUUCUUCGUACGGAGCACCAGCGGCACCUGCCCCACCAUCUUCAUCAUACGGAGCACCUGCAGCACCAUCCUCAUCUUAUGGAGCCCCCGCACCGCCAUCCAAAUCUUAUGGAGCCCCUGCUCCUCCAUCUUCUUCGUAUGGAGCGCCUGCUGCUCCUUCCAAGUCUUAUGGAGCACCUGCCCCACCAUCUUCCUCCUACGGAGCACCUGCACCACCAUCCUCAUCUUAUGGAGCCCCCGCACCGCCAUCAAAAUCUUAUGGAGCCCCUGCUCCUCCAUCUUCUUCGUAUGGAGCGCCUGCUGCUCCUUCCAAGUCUUAUGGAGCACCUGCCCCACCGUCUUCCUCCUACGGAGCACCUGCACCACCAUCUUCCUCCUACGGAGCACCUGCACCACCAUCUUCCUCCUAUGGAGCACCUUCUGCGCCCUCCUCCUCUUACGGACCUCCCAAGUCAGCACCCGCACCACCUUCAUCGAGCUAUGGAGCACCGCCUCAGGCGCCUGUCAGCUCCUACCUGCCACCAGUUUCGCGUCCAUCGAAGCCCUCUUCCAGCUACGGAGCACCCAGUGUGAGCAGCUUUGUGCCCUUGCCCUCGGCGCCAUUGACCAACUACGGAGCACCAUCAAAGACCCAGAGCCUGGGAAGCAGUGGCUACUCAUCCGGACCUUCUUCCUCUUAUGAAGCACCAGUGGCACCCCCAUCGUCCUCAUACGGAGCUCCAACCGCUUCGUUCCAGCCCAUCUCGCCACCAUCGUCCAGCUACGGCGCUCCCAGCAGUGGAUCAGGCUCAAGCAGCGCAAGCUUCUCGACCGCUCCCUCAUUCUCGUUCAGCGCCCCAAGCAAGGGUUCCAGUCAUGGAUCAUUCCAAUCCGCUCCGUCCAGCUCGUACGCUGCUCCCAGUGCCAGUGCUAACAGCGGUGGAUCGUACCCCUCGGCUCCUUCCUCAUCCUACUCUGCCCCCAGUUCGAGCUCCAGCAGUGGAGGCCCUUAUGCCUCGGCUCCGUCUUCGUCCUACUCGGCACCCAGCUCUGGAUCCAACAGUGGCGGACCUUACGCAGCUGCUCCAUCGUCCUCGUACUCCGCUCCCAGUGCCUCUGCCAACAGUGGUGGAUCUUAUCCUUCGGCUCCAUCCUCGUCUUACGCGGCACCUAGCCCAGGAUCAAACAGCGGUGGCCCCUAUGCUGCAGCUCCUUCAUCCUCGUAUUCGGCACCAAGUCCUUCAGCCAACAGUGGAGGACCCUAUUCUUCGGCUCCCUCCUCUUCGUACUCCGCACCCAGCUCUAGCUCCAGCUCGGGUGGACCAUAUGCCGCUGCUCCCUCAUCUUCGUACUCCGCUCCCAGUUCCAGCUCGAGCAGUGGAGGACCCUACCCAUCAGCUCCCUCUUCGUCUUACUCCGCACCCAGUCCGAGCUCCAACAGCGGAGGACCUUACCCGUCUGCUCCAUCCAACUCGUACUCGGCCCCGAUCGCUGCCCCAUCUGCCUCGUACGGAGCACCUGCCGCAGGAGCAUCGCCCUCGUUCAGCGCACCCUCCUCUUCCUAUGGAGCUCCCUCCACUGGACUGGGCGCCAGCUCAUUCUCGUCCUCAUCAUCGUCCUUCAGCGGAUCCUCGUCGAGCAGCAGUGGUGGCUAUCCCUCGGCACCGUCCAGCUCCUAUGGAGCUCCGUCCGCCGGCUCCGGCCUGAACUUCUCCAGCGCACCCUCGUCCAGCUACAGUGCUGCUCCCUCCAGUGGAUCCUCCAGCUCCGGUCCCUACCCAAGUGCCCCGUCCCAGGACUCCGGCUACGAGUACAACGGACCCAGCCAGGUGCCCGAGACCAUUCAGCAGAGCUACAGUGCCGACGGUGGCUACACCUAUCGCAAGAAGUGAGCAGCUGCCGCAUACGCAACGCAUCACGCAUACGCCACGUGCCUUCGAAUACUCAACCACCACAUCAUAUCAUCGCCGUCGCCAUUGUAAAUUAUUCCCCAAAUGACAAGCAACCAAUUCGCCCAUUCCUCUUUCUCCUAUAUGGAAAUCUAGCCUUAAUUCACUGCACCAUUAGAUGUAAAUCUCGAAACGUUUGUUAAAUAAACAACUCCAUGAAGAUCA